AUGUAUCAAAUGCGUGCUAUAUUAAAUCAUUUUAAAAAACAUAAUGGUUUCUUCUUUGUUCGACAAAGUUCAUCAGUUCAAGAUGAUUAUGCAAUAUCAAUUAUAUGGCAAAAUAGUCUUGUACAUGUUAAACUUCACAAAAAAAAUUCACAUUCAUAUUAUUUCGAAGAUCGUCUCCAUUAUCAUGAUAGUCUUGAACAUGCUAUUGAUUAUUUUAUGAAAGUAUAUAAAAGUGUUAUUAAACCAUUAAGUCCUGAAGUUGUAAAAUCAACUAAUAUGAGUGAAUCAUCACCACGAUUAUUUUCAUCACCAUCAAAAAGUCUAAAAGGAUUUGCAGAAGCAAUACAUGGUUCAACAAGUUUUGAUUUUGGAUCAAAUUCUGAAAGUAAUCCAUUUAAGGAACGUAAAAAACCUGUUCAUAAUCAGCAAAAAAUGCUUCCGACUAUUGAACAAAAACUUGUCAAUCCACUUGUUAAUAAAAAAGUGGUUAGUAUUCGUGAAGAUCAAUUAACAUUUGGUAAAUUAUUAGGUGAAGGGAAUUUUGGAAAAGUUUAUGCUGGAGAAUAUCGAGAAGAACAUGGGAAAGGUAGAAUGGUAAGUUAAUUUUUUUGGUCAAGUUAAGUGAGCUCUAAAUUUGAAGUUUUCGACAACUUGUAACUGUGUGCUUUUUUUCUUGGGCAUCACAAGUCGACUCACGAGGGAACCUUUUCAGGUGUUGAUCUCGGAUUUCAAUUAUUUUCCGGCCCAUUAGUACUAUGUAGUGCCUUAAUAAAAACCCUAAAAGGAUUUGAGUUGCUAUUCAUUCCUUCAAAGUUUAUGGCCAUUUUACUGAAUUUUCGAUCUGGUCCUGGGUAUAGAUGGGAAAAAUCUAAAUAACGAAUUUCGAAGUGAAUUUUCGCCCAUAAAUAGAUAUAAUGAUUCUAUGAAUAUUCUGAAAGUUUCAGCCAAAAAUAAUCUUCCGUUAUCGAGAUAUCGAAU